UUCAUAGAUAAGAAAAUUUAAUAUAAAAACAAAUAGUUACCUGAUACAGGUUAUUGAUCAGUAAAUGUUUUUUAAAAGUUGAUUAUUACAAAUAAUUUAAAUUAUGGUUUAUCUACGGUCUUUAGUGCUGGUUUUAGUUGUUUUAGUUUUGGAGAAAUGUCAUGGUUUAAACAAUGGUCUGGCUCUGACCCCUCCUAUGGGAUGGUUGAGUUGGGAACGGUUUAGAUGUUUGGUGGAUUGUCAGAAAUAUCCAAGCGAGUGUAUAAGUGAAAAUUUAUUCAAACGAACCGCAGACAAAAUGGCUUCGGAUGGAUAUUUAGCAGCCGGAUAUGAGUACAUCAUAAUUGACGAUUGUUGGGCCUCAAAAUCCAGGGACUCCGAGAACCGGCUUCAAUCUGAUCCAGAUAGAUUUCCAAGUGGUAUAAAAGCACUGGCAGACUAUGUUCACUCCCUUGGUCUGAAACUUGGUAUCUAUGGUGAUUAUGGGACGUAUACUUGUGGUGGUUAUCCAGGAAGCAUAGACUACCUCGAACUGGAUGCUGAUACGUUUGCUCAGUGGGGAAUAGACUAUCUCAAACUUGAUGGUUGCUAUGCAGAAACUGAUGGCAUGGAGGAAGGUUAUGCCAAGAUGUCUCAGUACCUUAACAACACUGGACGACCUAUAGUUUUUUCUUGUAGUUUUCCGGCUUACAAGGAUCUAGAGGCCAAUUAUUCGAUGGCUGUGGAAUACUGCAACCUAUGGAGGAACUAUGGCGACAUUGACGAUUCUUGGGAAGAUGUCAGAGAUAUAGCUACGUGGUUCAGUACAAAUCAAGACUUUUUAAGAAAAUAUGCCGGCCCAGGGCAUUGGAAUGAUCCAGAUAUGUUGAUAAUUGGUAACUUUGGAUUGAGUUUGGAACAGAGCAAGAGCCAGAUGACGAUAUGGUCCAUUCUAGCAGCACCUCUGAUAAUGUCAGUGGAUUUGGACAACAUCAGUUCAGAAUUUAGAGAUAUUCUGCUCAAUUCAGAUGCCAUAAGGAUCAACCAAGACCCUUUGGGAGUGCAGGGAAAAUUGGUUUCAAAUGAUAAUAAGAUAAUGGUAUGGAGCAAACCACUACAAGGAAACUCAAAGUACGAAGGCUUAGCACUUGGAGUUGUUAGUAAUAGAACUGACGGGUACUACUAUCAGUACGACCUUUCUUUAUCUCAAUACAUAAAUGAUCAGGAUGCUGAAUAUGUUAUAAAGGAUGUUUUUAGUAACCAAGAUCUGUUUGAUGGAAAAGCAGUUUCUGUUGACGUAAAUAUAACUGUCAGUGUGCCACCAACCGGGGCUGUGCUAUUGUUAAUUUUACCACAAUAAGAAUAAACAAAUUAAGUAUUAAUAAGAAUCU